CCCCUUACAAAAGAAAUGAUCCGUCCCACACCAGACCACCACGGAAAAUGGCGACUGUGAAAUAGAUGGAAGACGAAAGUAAGAAAUUAUUAAAUGCAGCGUUUAAAUUGUCUUCAGCCUCGAUCCACUGCGCUCCAAGGUCGUGGCAAUGGAAAUGUCAUGUCUGACCAGCGUUGAUGAAGACGACAAAGAUGCAGAUUCUAAAAUCAAUCCCCUCACACUCCUGCAGGAACCAAUGAGAAUGGCGCAAGAGUCAACAUCUUGCACUGAUUCUUUCGUGAAGGCCUCUUUAAAACAAAAUAGUGUCCUAGAUGUUCUGUCGAGCUCAGACAUGUUGUCUCCAGUUGGUCUGGCAAAUGGACCUUCUUUGCAUCAGGCUACACAAGCUCAUGAACUCAACAGUAUCUCCUCUGAGAAAGAGGAGGAGAAGAGCAUCACCCCGCUCAAGACUGUGCAGGAGCUAGAUACCGCUGGAAUCUGGGGGUUUGAUGUAGAAUCACCCGAAAACUCAUUGGAUAAUUUUGACAGUGCCAGCGACCUCAACUGGGACCCUCACAGAGAGUUUAUGCAAUUUCUCUGGGAGAACCAUAGUGACUCUCCUGGUGAAGAGCCUAAAGAGGAAGUUGGUCCUGGCAAAAGUCAAAGGACCAGGAAAAGGAAAAUGGACAUGGUUGUCAUGGUGGAUCCAUCAGAAAACCUAUGCCCUGAUCUGAGCUCUACGUCAUCUGAGGGAUCAUCUGACGCUGAAGCCCAAGUAGGGUCCAAUCCUGUCAGAAAGGGCAGAAACGCACCGAAGCUCCCCAAGCCAACGUCAUCGCCAACAGGGAACGCCUCAAAGUAUCCCAACGGAACUGCCAAGGCCAUUAAAGAAAUUCUUUAUAAAGCACCUGCAAGAAAUUCGCACGACAAUAGUGUAAGUCACGGGAUAUCACCGUUAAAGGGGAGGCUCACCAUAAAUUCUCACUCAGAGGUGAAGCCAGCGAGUUUCCCUUGUCCAAAAUGCAAUCUCUUAUUCAAGAAAGAGCAUCGCUUGAUUCGUCACAUGAAGUCUCAUGCGGACCUGCCUACUAUCUCUACGAAGCCUUUUACUUGUCGAGAAUGUGGGCAGUCAUUCAAACAAAGCCGUGAGCUUAUUGAUCACAUGUCAGUCCACCAGGAGAAGAAAACAAGGCUCUCAGAAGAAAUCAAAGUGAAGAAACCGAAUAAAAACGCGAAGUUUUUCUGCCCCCAGUGCCCAUUUGGAACAGACUGCCCAAAUACUUUUGUUCAACAUGCCAAAACGCAUGAAAAGGACAAGAGGAAGUUUAGAUGUGACAAAUGUAGCUUCAGGACUCUGAGUGAAAAUGAUCUUAGGAGACAUAACAUUAUGCAGCACACCGUUAUUACAGUAAAGAAGCAGAUCCAGAGUAAUGCGAAUGAAACCUUCCCCUGUAAUAUUUGUUCUUAUAAAGCUUUUGGCAAACAUGUUUUUGAGAAUCAUCUCAUGCGCCGACAUCAGCUGACGUUUGAGGAAUACAUGGCAGCAGAGCAGAGUGAAACAGACGGCCAACCUUCCCAGUUCAAGGUACCCACUUUUAAAGCUCCUGUUGAGCAUACAGAGUUUACAUCGAAAAUAUCAAUAAAAGAUCAAAUAUCCUCGAGAAGAGCUGGUUCCCCCAACGAGCCCAGUGACAUUUCAGAUUUGUUCAAAAAUAGCAAGUUUAAGAAAGGUCCCAAAUCCCAAUUACCGGAAUCAAAACUCGACAAAUCCAUUAACGUUCUCUUGUCUCGACAAAACCACGGGAAGAAGGCUUCAGAACAGAAAAGAGAAAGCAAUAAUUAUAGUCCUCAUGAUCAGGGUUCCAGGAGUGGCAAGGAUAACUAUGACGGGGUGCCAAAAAUGUUUUCCGUAAAGCUCGAAGACUCCAAAAAUGGCGGAGAGCUGUUUGCCAAUCAUUCGUCAUUCAGAAAGACACCGUCAAAGCGGAAGAUGUCCACCCCAUAUCGCAACACUUCUGAGCAAGACUCCUGCUUCAUCUUACCAAAACCUUUGCCAGGUCCCAAGAAGGUAAAUCUGGAAGAAGAAGUGUCAGACUGUGAUGAGAAAGACAUUUUCCAGGUUAACAACUCGGAUGGUAACAGCCUCCUUUGUGACGAUGGCAUCAAAAAAGAAAAAAAACACAUCUUUUACACCUAUAGUAGAAGAAUGUCUAUAAGGGGCGCUCUACAGGCAUCUAAACGGCUCUUUGAGAAAAUAAAGAAUGAGGAGCAAGAACAGAACGACCCUGAAAUCAAAGAAGAAUGCAUAGAAACAGAGGUGUUCCAGGAAACCUUUGAGUCCCACCAGAUCCCGCUGGGGGAGUCUCUCACGGACGACCUGUCCGAGUUGGAAUCAGGCCACAAGAACUGUCCAUACUGUCCUGCUGUGUUUGAGUCCGGUGUGGGACUGUCCAAUCACAUACGAGGACAUCUCCACAGGGUUGGACUAAGCUACAAUGCACGCCACGUUGUGCCUCCUGAGCAGGUGGCCUCUCAGGAUAGGAGGCCGCGCAUUCGACGGAAGAUUUCCGCUUUUCGGCGGCUGAGAAAAGCAUUACAGGCCGAGACGGAGACGGCGACGGAGACCGUGAAGGGCGUUCACUCUUGUCCGUUAUGUGGGGAUUCGUUCGAUAACAGAACCGGGCAGUCCAACCACAUACGAGGCCACCUGAAGAAGCUCGGUAAAAGCUGCCCCACCAAGAACAAAUCCCCGUUACUCUUACUCCGCGAGCUGAUGCGCGACAAGAGGGAGUGCCAGCGGGCCCUUCAGAUUCUGGGAAGAAGGAGGAACCAUUUCUACUAUAGUUCCUCAUCGAAGCUCACCACUGCGAAUCGCUUCGCCCCCUCUCAGACGGGAUUCCCAAAAAGUAAUUCUGUUCCGAGCAUCUACGGUGACGCCAAACCACUGAUGCCGACGUUCUCUUUAGCGGAGGUUCAUUCUGACAAGGGGCAGCUGGAGAGUAAGCCGGAUGUGAAGAACUCCCUCACAGGCAACAAUGCCUUGAUAGGUAUCCUGAAGAAGAGGAAGUGUCAGGAUGAGGCCCGAGUAAAAGGACCGUCUCAGGUGGCAAGAAAUGUUUUAACGAUUUCUGCAAACAGUGAGAAUAGUUCGGGAUCAAGAGUUGCAUCUUCACUGCCAAACUCAGGAUCUGAGAAGGGUGAAUUCAACAGGAAGGUGUGUAUCCACUGCAAUGCAACUUUCCACAGUGGAGUCAGCUUAUCCAAUCAUCUCCGAGCAUAUGCAAACAGAAAAAGGAUCGCCUUGCUGGAGGGAACCACAAUUGGCUGUAAAGCGGUUAGGCAACGCUCGAGGCCCGGUUCCAAGAAGAAGACACUGCCCUUACCCCAAACUCCAGAGGAAAUGUACAGACUUACCUGCAGGUUCUGUGACCUCGUCUUCCAGGGUCCCUUGUCAGUCCAGGAGGAUUGGAUCAAGCAUUUACAGAGACACAUCAUGAACACUGGUGUCCCUCACACUGGGUUAGGCAUGGUGGAGGUGGCCCCGCUGCCCACGGACCCCCCAUCCCUUCAGACUGAUCAAGACUUGCCAGUCACACAUGCUGCCUCAUGAAGCCAGCGGGGACCUUUUUAGAUUUCACUAGAUUGUAUCUGUAAUGUACAUUUGAUGUUCUUUCACGCUCUUUUUCUUUUUCUUUCCAUGAAAUACUCGCCAAAUGAACAAUACUGCUCAAUGUUUUAUAUUGUGCACGUUGGAACAUUUGGACAGUAGAGCGUUUUUAUUAUUUUGGAUACUGUUAUAUUUCUCUGUUUUUACAUGGUCCAUUUUUCUGGGGGGUACUCAACUCCCAAGUGGACGAAACUGUUUCCUUGUUUUAUGCAGUAAUGUAGUGUUGAAUCCAGUUCAAAUGAAGACAACCUAUACCUCAGAUUUUUCAUGGUUUGAGUCGGUUUUAGUCCAAAUUUGUGAGCACCUCUCUUCUGUAUCAUUAUUCACGUAGAAAAUACAGAAUCAUAUUUACUUUGUCCCGACGUGUUCCAACCAAUGGCCACAGUCCCUUUUAAGCCGGAGUUACAGAGAUGAAUAUUUCAAAUGAAAGUGCAAAAAAAGAGAGGAAAAAAACAAAAAGAAGUUUGCAACCUUUUAUGAAUAGAUCAUGUUUUAUAGUAUUUCAAUAACUGCAUUGUUUCUAAUACAUAAUUAAAAGCUGAGAGGAUGGGGUAAAAAAGAAAACAAAAAAACAAAGUCAUAACACGCACAGUUGAUCAUGCCCUUCCUACAUGUCACUUCUAUGUAAUGUUUAAAUAUACUGUUUUGAAAUAAAUUAAUUUUAAAUGUACUAUAUCACAUCGAUAAAA